GAGGAUGAUAACAAUAACUCAAACGAUCACCCCGAAUCAAUUGAGGAGAUCGAAAAUGGCAUUGGCAAUGAUGCGGUGGCUAGAAUCGGUGUAACAAAUGAUGAUGCUCUUGAGAAGAAUGUGGAGUCUCCUGAUAUUGAACCAAAACAGAGGACUAAUGGAGAAGAAGACUACAAUACCGGUGGAGAUGAUGAUGUUGCUAAUGACAAAGGAAAUGCAAACAAGCUAAAAAGAAAACAUGGAGUGAUAGUCUCUGACAAUGAGGAACAAAUAGAAUGAUUAGCGAAAGCAAAUUAGGAGUCGGUCCCCUGGCAUAGGGUUUCUAUAUUCUUU